UUAGUUCUUCUGAUAAGAACGGCGACAUGGGAACCAUAGUCGCACUCUUCCUUUUGUUACUAAACUGGAGAGGUGCAUUAGGAUUUGUUUGCUAUGACUGUGUUCUGGUGGAAGAUCCUCAGCAAUGCAAUUUGACCAAGCAGUGUCUACAGGAUCAGUUGUGUUUCGUUACGGAGACGAUUGAUGACAGUUUUAACUUGAAGUUCCAUUUAGGAUGUGCAACACCAAUGGAAUGUAGCAUUGCUGUACGUAAAAGGAAAUCAUUACGAAGUCUGGCUCGUCAAUGCUGUGUAGGAGAUAUGUGUAAUCGAGGUUUCCGUGAUUCAUUGACAACAAAUUCUCCAGCAACAACAAAUCUGACAAAAACAACAAUGAAGGCAACACUACCAACAACAUCCAGAGCAAAAACACCAACGACAACUUCAGUAACCAGUUAUGAAACAACAACGCAUCGUACUUCAUCAACAAGAUUAACAACAGAAAAUCCAACAACAACACGUACUGAACACAGAACACGACAUCACCAUGAUCAUAAUGAUAACCACCAUCAUACCCACAAAGCUUCGACUACUACAUCAUCAGCAACAACAGCAACAACUACUAAACUAACAACACUACGCACAGAACACACGACACGGCAGCACAACCAUACCCAUAACGAGGGCCCCUGCCAGAAGACAGACUGGAUUGAAUAUAAUCGCCAUUUUUACUACUCAUCGGAGAUACAUGGACGUCAAAGACUGACGAACCAGGAUGCAGUGGAUGUUUGUCAACACUGUAAAAUGGAGCUCCUUAGCAUCCACUCCCUGGAGGAACAGGUGUUUGUCCACCAGAAUCUCUCAAACAAAAAUGAGAUUUGGUUAGGUCUGCAAAACAACCAUUGGAUGGAUGGUAGUCCACGUGACUUUAGCUAUUGGAAGUAUCCUAAUGACGCUAAUGCACCCUGCAUUGUAAUGGACACCAACCAACAAUGGUAUUCGGACAACUGCUAUAGAACACAACUAUAUGUGUGUAAGACGCGUUGAUGUCAUUAGUUGGACAAGCCAUCUUUAUCUGUUUCUUCUGGACAAUGUACAAUAAAAGAUAUAGUGUAAA